GGAAGGGGCAGGGCGGCCGAGUGAGAUAAAAUGGACGCGCCUGGGCUGGGGAGGGGGUGAGGCUUGUGGCCAUUGGCUCUUGCCAGUCUUUCUUCAGCAGCUCUGGUCUCACGCUCUGCGUCCGAACUGACCAUGGCUGGUUCCCCGCGAGCCGCGCUGCUCCUGCUGGCCGCGCUGGCCGUGGCCCUGGCCGUGAGCUCCGCGACCAGCGCUAGCUCCGGCCCGCGGAAGCAGCGCUUGCUGGGCGGCUUCAUGGACGCCGACGUCAACGAGGAGGAUGUGCAGCACGCGCUGGACUUUGCUGUGAGCGAGUACAACAAGGCGAGCAACGACAGGUACCACAGCCGCGCGCUGCAGGUGGUGCGCGCCCGCAAGCAGCUCGUGUCUGGGAUGAACUACUUCUUGGAAGUGGAAAUUGGCCGGACCACAUGUACCAAGUCCCAGCCCAAGUUGGACGUCUGUCCUUUCCAUGAGCAGCCAUAUCUGAAGAGGAAAGUGCUCUGCUCUUUCGAGAUCUACAGUGUUCCCUGGCAGAGCAAAAUGACCAUGACAAAGUACAGUUGUCAGAACGCCUAGGGGUCUGGCUGUGCUGAUCACCUCUUCCCCACGUCCUGUACGGCCUGCUGGUGUCCUGUCCUGGGAUGGAGCCCUUCCCUCCCCCAACAGGUCUCCCUGUGCACCACCUCUGGGCAGCAGUUAGAGGAGGCUCCCACCACCACCACCACCUGCACAGGUCUCCCUGUGCACCCACUCCAGGAGGCAGGUAGAGGAGGCUUCCCUACACAUGACUCAAAUUUGGUGCACACACUCACUCUCACUUGCUUCAAUAAAAAGUAGCAAUGGC